AUGCCUUCGCUCGACGAAUAUCUAUUGAAGGAGCCCCAGCUCAAUGUACGAAGCGGCAAUUCCUCCCAGGAUGACCUCCCCAAGCAAUUUGGGAGCCGGAGCCAGAGCCAGCCUGUUCCGCCGUACGUGCUGCCGCCCAAACCGUUAAAACCUCUCCGCAAAUAUUGCACCAUCAGGAAUGUCCUCAUCACUAUCGGUGCUUUUCUGGUAUACAGUGGAUGCACCAUCGGCGCGGUCGUCCCGGGGCUUAUUGCCGGAUACCCUUUCUACACACUACUCGACCUUUAUGGCAAUCGCCAUCUUGCAGAACGCUUGUUUCCUUGCGACCCGUCUCUUUAUUCCGGGAGAUUCGCCAUCAACAUAGCCUGGGGUUCUUUGAGCUACACGUCAGUCAAGAUCCUGGAUGCAGGCCUCAACUUGGUACUGGGUAGGGGCUCGCAGGUGCUCUUAUCGUGGCUCUCCUAUCAUCUCUUCAGCAUGGCCAUCCUUCGCAUCAUCCAGGAAAACUGCGUCCCUUUGCAGUUAUACACUGCCAUGGCGUUCGACACGACGUCCAUCAAGGGAGCAUGGUACCAACUGCGAGCCGUUACAAAGGUGGACACCGUCCGCGCAAAAGUCACCCUUAUUUGGCUUGCCGUUGCCGUGGCAUAUCUCAUUGCCCUGCCCACUCUGCUCGACCUGACCACAGGAUACAUAGUGGAGUACAAGACCAUGGUUAACGUCACCUCUCCAGGGGAUCCAACAUAUAAGUUGAUUGAACUGGACCGCGAUCAGCUCAACAACAUCUCAUAUGACGCAUACUGUGCUGCCAACGGCGGCUGUAUCGAACGUUAUCCCGGGGAGUUCACCAAGAUUUUAAUCUCCGGCCAAAACACAUCUUUCAAGGCAUUUGUCGAUGACGAUUAUAACUGGGUAAUGCAGAGUGAACAGAGCCCCCAAGGCAUCCUCCAAUGUGUUCCUAGCAGUACCUAUCAAUGGGGUCUUUCCAGCGGCUAUCUUUGGAUCGUUUGCACGCUGACCAGUCUGUGGAUCGCAGGCAUGUUCGCGGUGUGGAUGGACAGUUUCCGCAACGGCACCCUGUGGCGCAGCGGUCGCGGAUUCGGGCGUUACAGGAACAUCGUCGACAUUGCUGAGCACCUUCAGUCGCACUUUGGCCCGGACCUGUGCGCAUACACGCAUGAAGAGCUGGAAGGGAAGAUCGACCGUCUUGACCCCGUGGGCAUAGAGGUUCUGGCAGACGGGGAGUUCGCGCACAUCCGCCUCAGCCAGAACCCGGGAGGGAAACAUUUGUUAUCAACCCUUGGCCUCCACUACGGCGGGAUUGAGAGACUGAACAACAGGAAGGUUUCGGCCACGUGGCCGCUGCGCAGCGGAGACCCUUGA